AUGAAGCUUAGCUCUUCAGUUUUACCAGUCUUCUGGUUUUCCCUCUUAACUUUACAUUCUGUAUCUUCACAGAAUUGCUCUAAUGGUUACUUUAAACUCAACUCCACUUACGACUUGAGCCGUCGUCAAAUUUUCUCAUCUCUUGCUUCUAAUGUCACAACUCACAACGGAUUAUACAGCACCACAGUCGGCCAAAAUCAAGACCGAAUCUUCAUCAUCGGUAUGUGCAUACCUGGUACUGAACAGGAGCACUGUUCAAAUUGCAUCAAAAGCACAUCAGACGGCUUGUUACGGGCCUGUCCUAACCAAACUGUUGGCUAUGCAUGGCCAGAUGUUUGUAUGGUUCGCUAUUCCAACAUUUCAUUCUCAGGAUCACUCGUGAUGGAGCCGUCUCAACCUGUGUCCGAUCAUAAAGAUAUCGGCGUUAAUUUGACAGUGUUUGAUAGAGUAUGGGAAGAGUUAAUGCUCCGCACGAUCACUGCAGCUUCAUCGGGAAGUCGUGGAUCAUUUGGACAUAAGUACUAUGCAGCUGAGAUUUCUACAUUAACAUCUUUCCAAACUAUAUACUCGAUGAUGCAAUGUACACCGGAUGUUUCUUCAGGGGAUUGUGAGUAUUGUCUGAAAGAAACAGUUAAGGCUUAUAACUCAUGUUGUCGCGGUCACAUAGGUGGUGCGUAUGUAAGGCCGUUUUGCUUUAUCCGGUGGAAUUUGUAUCCUUUUGCUGAAGCUUUUGAUAAUAUUACAUUGCCAGAAAGAGACCAAGCAAAUACCACCACAGAAGAUACAAAAACAAUUUCAUCUGUGGCUAUCGUGGCAAUUGUUGUCCCUAUCUUUGUUAUCUUAAUACUCCUCGUUGUAGGACUUUUGGUUUGCAAGAUAAAAGAAAAAUACCAAAACAUUAAAUUUCAAGGUGGUGACGAGAUCACAACAACACACUCACUGCAAUUCAGUUUUAAGAUAAUUGAAGCGGCCACAGAUAAGUUCUCGGACAGCAACAUGAUAGGCCGGGGUGGAUUUGGUGAAGUUUACAGGGGAAUGCUUUCAGAUGGAACUGAAGUAGCAGUGAAGAGGCUUUCAAAAACAUCAGGACAAGGAGCGCAAGAGUUUAAGAACGAGGCCGUUCUUGUGACAAAGCUUCAGCAUAAAAAUCUGGUGAGAACUCUUGGAUUUUGUUUGGAAGGAGAAGAAAAAAUACUUGUCUAUGAGUUUGUACCCAACAAAAGCCUGGACUACUUCCUCUUCGAUACUAAAAGGCAAGGCGAACUGGACUGGACAAGACGGUACAAAAUUAUUGGUGGGACUGCACGAGGACUUCUAUAUCUUCAUCAUGAUUCACGACUUACAAUCAUACAUCGUGAUCUCAAAGCGAGUAACAUUCUUUUAGAUGCAUAUAUGAACCCUAAGAUAGCAGAUUUUGGCAUGGCGAGGAUUUUUGGGGUUGAUCAAUCUCAAGCCAACACAAACAGAAUCGUUGGAACAUAUGGUUAUAUGUCUCCAGAAUAUGCAAUGCAUGGCCACUUCUCCAUGAAGUCUGAUGUCUUUAGCUUUGGAGUAUUGGUUCUGGAGAUUAUAAGUGGCAAAAAAAGCAGUAGCCUUUACCAUAUUGAUGAAGCUGCUAGCAAUUUGGUCACACAUGCUUGGAGACUCUGGAAAAACGGAUCACCUCUGGAACUCGUGGAUCCUACCAUAGUAGAGAGUUAUCAGAGUAAUGAGGCUAUUAGAUGUAUACAUAUUGCACUAUUAUGUGUUCAAGAAGAUCCUACAGAUCGUCCCACGUUGCCCGCAAUCAUCCUGAUGCUCACUAGUAGCACAGCCACUUUACAUGUUCCUCGAGCGCCUGGAACUUGCCUUUCAAGCAGCACUUAUUUGUUCUCUAACGGUUUGGAGUCUACCCAGUCUAUAAGCAGAUUUAUUCCUGGUUCUAUCAAUGAUGUGACCAUUUCAGAUCUAGAUCCUCGUUGAAGAGUUGUCUUAUCUAUAUUCUGGAGCACUAAUAAACCUAUGGAAGUACCAACAUCUUCUCUUGUUUCUUGUCCCUGCUCUACAUAAUAUAUCAUUUACUUGUAUUACAUUUACAUAUACAAACAUUCUACAAAUUAAUGACAAGCACGUUUUGC